AAAACAGAUGGUGAGUCUAAGCGCUGAGGGUUUCAAACAGAGGCAGGCCGCUCCCGGGGCCCAGCUUGCAGAGGGAAUGUGCCUCUAGGGUCGAGACGCCCUAGUCCCGGGUCGCUGGCCCGGGUGGGGCGGGCUAGGGGGGCGGACCGGGAGCCGACUGUACGUGCGUCAGAGGCUCCAGCUGCGCUUCGCAGUUCCCCAGGGAGCGCGCGGACUGGGAUGGGGGUGCGGGGAGCUAGUGCUCUGGUCCAACCCGCGGCUGCAGGCGCGGGAGCAGGGCGCAGCAUGCUGGCUGUCUCCGGGAGCCUCCUGCGCCUCCUCUCCGGGCGCAUCGUCCGCUGCGCCCCGGGGGCUUCUCGAGAAGCCCCACGAAGGCGGGUCGCGGGUCUCCGUCUCCAGGGUCUCCCCCGCUACUCCAGCAGCGGGACCCCCAGCGGUUCUGGGCCCCAGGGUCCGGGAAAGGUUCACAGGGUCCCCGCCGAACACAAGCCUUCCCAAUUCGACAAGAAACUCCUGCUGUGGACCGGGCGUUUCAAAGCAAUGGAGGACAUCCCGCCUCGAGUCCCGCCAGAAAUGAUAGAUGCUGCAAGAAACAAAGCUCGAGUGAAAGCUUGUUACAUAAUGAUUGGACUCACUAUUAUCGCCUGUUUUGCAGUGAUAGCAUCCGCCAAAAGGGCUGUAGAAAGACGUGAAUCUUUAACAAGCUGGAACCUGGCAAAGAAAGCUAAGUGGCGUGAAGAAGCUGCGUUGGCUGCGCAGGCUAAGGCUAAAUGAUACUCUGAGUGAUGAAGAAUUGAUCAGAAUAUCAUCACUAUUAUCCACAACAAUAAAAGAUAGGUAAAAUGGAAUAUUUAACAAAAUAUUUGCCAUGGCAUAUUUUAGUGUCAAGAAGCACAAUGCCUUCUGUAUUUUUACCUUUUAGUAAACUUUUAUUGAAACAUACAUUCAGACAAGUACACAAUAAAUAGAUUUCACAUAGUGAGCACACCUGCAUAACCACUGUCCAGGUGCAGACGCAGCACACCAUCAGCGCCCCUGAAACCUCCUCUUUUUCCUCUGCUCUUCAUUGCCCUCCAAAGAGAACCGUCAUUGUGGGUUUCAUCACCACACAGUAGUUUUGGACCUUAUGUAAAUGGAAUUACACAGUAUGCACUGGCAGGUAUAGAUUCUUAUACUCAACAUUAUGUUGUGAGAUGUAUCCACAAGUUAUGUGUAACAUGAAUUCAUUUACUUUUAGUGCUAUAAUAUUCCAUCGUAUGAAUAUGUCACAAUUUAUCUGGCUAUUUGGUCCAGUUUUUGGUCAUCACAGAUAAUGCCAAAAUGUCAUUCUGUGCAUGUCAUUCAAAUGUUGUUGAACUAAAAUCACUAAGGGGUCUUUGAAAUCUAAUUAAUUUUUGAGCCCACGUUCUACUGUAUUUGGUAAUUGGAUAGUCCCUCUAGUUACUUUUUAUAGUUUGGAACUAGGUG